GUUGUUUUUUAUAUUGAAGUUGUGAGGAAAGGUUCGUGUUCACCUCACUGUGUGUUGCUGUUAACCCUUAGAGUGGCAGUGCUUACUAUCAGCUGAAUAAAAUCUUCUGGUGUCAACCAGAAUAUAAUACUUAAGUACGACACUGCCCUUUAAAUGGUUAACCCCUGCUCGAGGAAGAUGGUCUUUGUGCUACGAACAAAUCUUAUACAAAAGUGUUGUAAUAAAACAAGUGUUACAGCGUCAGUGAUAAUUUUCGUUUUGUUGGUGAGCGUUUACCAAGAGGAUAAUGUUAAGGAGAGUGACAAAGAUGGUGACAUAUAUAGUGAGGAGGCUAGUGAACAGAGGAGAGGACCACUUGUUUACCGUGGAGAAACAGGCCAGACAGGUGUGUCAGUAAAUAGGUGUCGCUCCCUCUUCACCAUCACUGGGGUGCCAGAUGAAGAAACACUUUUCGCUGCUCACCUGUCAGCGGCUGUCAAAGGGGUGAGACACCUGGUGCAGAAGAGGUCGUCGUCGUCAGGAGCUUCCACCGAGGAUUACCGCAGUCUGGCGGCGCUGCUUCCUACACUCUUAACCUUCCAACACCACACUAACAAGAGUCAAGAGGAUGACCACAAGAAGGAAGGUCAAACACCCAUCCUCCGCCUCAACAGUAGGAUUGAUGCCAACGGCGGAGUGUUGCCCUACGUGCCCUGUGCCAUAGUGCCCUUUGACCACCCACCCUCCGUCACUGCCUGCUUCGCCCACAGACUCAAGAACAACAAUUCCUUUUGGAUCUCUUUUCUGGGCGACUCAAAAAUCAGGGCUUUAUUUUAUGAGUUUCUUCAGAGAACCGACAGUGAAUAUCGGUACCUGAUCCACCUUCUGAACACAACCAUGAGCUACGAGGAGAUGAGGAGGACCACCUUUAAGCUACGCACCGACAUGGAGGCCGGCACACCUGUACACCCGCGCCUCCGUGUCUCCUUUAGGUGUGACGGGAGUGUUUACUGA